AUGGCUUCUUCGGCUGCUGAGGUGGGUCCUGUUGAGAGCAAUGGCUCAAAGAAGAGAGCUCCAGAUGGAGAAAGGGGGUCAUACCGAUUCAAGAACAAGAAGAACAAGACCGGAAAUAUCCUCACAACCACCGGUUCAAACGAGGAAGUACUUCUAGCUGACGUGCAGACAUUGUUGAAGAAGCACACACUCGAAGACUCUUCGACAGACGCCGAAAAUGGAAAAUCUGAAUCAUCUCUCCCAGAACGCUUAUCAGAAGUUGAAGUUACUGUGGCAGAAAUUUCAUCUACUGGAGAUGGCCUUGCGCUAUCACCGGACUCUAAACAUGUCUACGUGGUGCCUUUCACAGCUCCUGGCGAUGUCGUCAAAGCAAAAAUCUUCAAGCAUACCCCGAAUCAUCAUUAUUCCCUUGCAGAUCUUAUUAAAGUAGAGAAGCCGUCUCCUCAUAGGGAUGACUCCCUCAUCAAAUGUCCGUACUUUGCAUCUUGUUCUGGCUGCCAGUUUCAGAUGCUGCCAUAUCAAUAUCAACUGGCGCAUAAAAAGACCAUUGUGGAAAAGGCGUAUCAGCAAUUUUCUAAUUUGACGCCUGGAAUUGUCCCUCCCGUGGGAGAUACCAUUGGGUCGCCGCUUCAGUAUGAGUAUCGGACGAAGCUUACGCCGCAUUUCGAUGGACCUCCCGACUCACGGCGAAGUGACGGAAGAAAAGGGAUCAAACGGUCCUUCAAAGAGGUCCCUCCCAUCGGCUUCAUGAAAAAGGGCACGAGGAUAACAAUCGAUAUCGAAGACUGUCCUAUUGGAACCGAAGCCGUGCGAAAAGGGAUGAAGAGUGAGAGGAAACGUGUUGCGAACCAGAUCGACACAUACAGGAAAGGAGCCACAAUUCUUCUUCGAGAAGACACCAAGCGGAUAGCGAAGAGCGAAUUCAACGCAGAAGAAGCGAAGGAGUCUGCCGAAAAGAACGGUGCUGUCAUCGAGGACCGCGGAGACUACAUCCACGAGAAAACAUGCAUCACGGAUCAAAACGGGAAAUCCACAGAAUAUAUCGAUAACUUCGCCUUCAUAAACCCGGCCGGCGCGUUCUUCCAGAAUAACAAUUCGAUUCUUCCCACGUUCACCUCAUACAUACGAGAUCACAUCCUACCGCCCGACCAACCGGACCACAAGAUCAAAAACCUCAUCGACGCCUAUUCGGGUAGCGGUCUAUUCACCAUCACGCUCUCCUCCCUCUUCACCCACUCGCUCGGCAUCGAUAUUUCGCCCUCUUCAAUCGAGUCCGCCGUAUCCAACGCCCGCCUAAAUGGGCUUCCGGAAUCGCAAGCCAACUUUAUAGCAGCAGACGCUGCGAAUCUAUUUGCAAGCAUUGAGUCGAAUGCAGACGAGACAGUUGUGGUCAUCGACCCACCUCGGAAGGGCUGUGAUGAGAGCUUCCUACGGCAGCUACUUAGGUACAGCCCUGCUAGGGUGAUAUACGUUAGCUGCAACGUGCAUACGCAGGCUAGGGAUGUUGGAGUUCUAGUGGGAGGCAUGAAGGAUGUUGACGGAGGGUUUGGACCUGGGAAUGGCGUCUACGAGAUUGAGAGUCUUAGGGGCUUUGACUUCUUCCCUCAAACCGGUCAUGUGGAGGGUGUUGCGGUCCUAAGGAGAAAUGCGGCCGAAGAUAAGGCUGAUACCAAGGGAAAUGAAGCUGCAGGAAGCUGA